AUGGCGGAAGCCGUCGUGGGAGUGCUGAUCGGCAAGCUAGGUGCAGCCUUGGCGAAAGAAGCAGCAACCUAUGGAGCAUCCCUGCUUUGCAAGGAAGCUUCAGCCCUCAAGGGUCUUUUUGACGAGAUCCGCAAAGCUGGGAAGGAAUUUGAGAGCAUGAAGGCCUACCUGCGUCAGGCAGAGAAGUUCAAGGAUACUGAUGAGACCACUGGCAUCUUCACCAAGAAUAUCAGGGAACUAUCAUUUCAGAUCGAGGAUGUUAUCGAUGAGUUCAUGUUCAAGCUUGAGGCCGACAAGCAUGGAGGAUUUGCAGCCAAGAUGAAGAAGAGGAUCAAGCAUCUCAAGGUUUGGCACCGUCUAGCUCACAAGCUCCAUGAUAUCAAUGCUGAGCUUGAAGAAGCUGCAAAAAGGAGGGCCCGUUAUGACAUCCCAGGAAUGCAGGGACAGGCUGGGAGCAGUGACCAUCAUGCCAGAUCCACCAAUCAAAAUUUGUGUUUUGCAAGGGAAGAUGAUGUAGUGGGUAUUGAAGAUAAUGCAACCAAGCUCAAGCAGUGGCUAAUAGGCGAUCUAGAAGAAAAGAACUACAAAAUAGCCACAGUGUGGGGAAUGGGUGGUGUAGGUAAAACAACUUUGGUUGACCAUGUCUACAAGAUUGUGAAACUGGAUUUUGAUGCUGCAGCCUGGGUAACAUUGUCAAAGAGUUACCAUGGUGAGGACUUGCUAAAGAGAAUUGCUAGAGAGUUUGGCAUCAUAACUGAUGCUACUAACAUGGAAAUUAGAGCCUUAGUUGAGAUCAUCCGGAAACAUCUUGAAGGUAAAAGGUAUAUCUUGGUUCUAGAUGAUGUUUGGGAAAAGGAUGUAUGGAUUAACAAUAUCAUGGAAGUCUUUCCAACUAACUGUACCAGCCGGUUUGUUCUGACGUCAAGAAACUUUGAAGUUGCAUCAUUGGCAACUAGUAAUUGCAGAAUUGAGCUAGAGCCUCUAGGAGAUAAGCACUCUUGGGAGUUAUUCUGCAAAGCAGCUUUCCGGAAUAGUGAUGACAAAAGGUGCCCGUCAGAGUUACAGGAUUUGGCUGUGAAGUUCUUACAAAAGUGUGAAGGCUUGCCUAUUGCCAUUGCAUGCAUAGGACGUCUAUUGUCUGUCAAACAACCAACAUACUCUGAAUGGGAUAGUGUGUACAAGGAGCUAGAAUUGCAGUCUAGAAAUAAUGUGAUGCAAGGAGUCGAUAGUAUUCUAAAAGUCAGCUUGGAGGACCUUCCAUAUGAACUAAAGAAUUGCUUCUUACAUUGUGCAAUGUUUCCAGAGGAUUAUGAACUGAAGAGGCGAAGGUCAAUUAGGCACUGGAUUACUUCUGGAUUCAUCAUGGAAAAGGAGAACAAAACACUAGAACAAGUGGCAGAGGGAUACUUGAAUGAUCUUGUCAACCGAAGCUUGCUACAAGUCGUGAUGAAGAAUGAGUUUGGACGAGUGAAGGUUUGCCGAAUGCAUGAUGUUAUCCGACAUCUUGCCCUUGACAAAGCAGCUAAAGAAUGCUUUGGUAAAGUUUAUGAGGGCCAUGGGACAUUUUCAGUACAUGAAACACGCAGACUGUCAAUUAAUAGCACCAAUAUUGUACCGCUGAAUCAAUCUGGUGUGAUGCAGCUCCGUGCAAUCUAUGUUUUUACAAGUUCUGUUGAUAUCGAUUUGUUGAGGCCUAUCCUUGCAUCCUCAACAUUGUUGUCAACAUUGGAUCUUCAAGGUACUAAAAUCAAGAUGCUCCCUAAUGAGGUCUUCAGCUUGUUUAAUCUGCGUUUCUUGGGUCUCCGUUGUACUGGAAUUGAGACUCUACCAGAGGCUGUUGGAAGAUUGCAAAACUUAGAAGUACUAGAUGCAUUCGACACUGGUCUACUAUCUUUACCAAAGGAUGUAGGAAAACUGAAGAAGCUUAGGUACCUAUAUGCAACUGUAAGUGUCAAUGAAGGAUCUUUCUGGCUUCAUCGUGGAUUAAAGGUGCCUAGGGGCAUAAUAAAGAACCUGACAGGACUGCAUGCUCUUCAAAAGGUUAAAGCUAGCUCAGAGACUCUCCGUGAUGUUGCAGCUUUGACGGAUUUACGAACAUUUGCCGUUGAUGACGUGACAAGUGAGCACUCGUUAGUCCUGCGCAGUGCUCUCCAGAACAUGAGCAGUCUCGUGCAUUUGUCAAUUAAUAUGUCAAACGAAAACGAAGCGUUGCCAUUGGAACAACUUAGUUUACCAGAAACUCUUAGUAAACUUGAACUGGCAGGGCAGCUGGAAAAGAAACGGAUGCCUGAGCUUCUCUCCUCCUGGUUGCACCUUAACUAUCUCACUUGUUUAUCUCUGGCGUUCUCUAAACUUGAUGAGAACUCAUUUCCUAACCUCAUGGUGUUGCGUAAUUUAUGCUCACUUAAUCUUAAUAAGGCUUACGAGGGAAAGACAUUAUGCUUCUCCGUACAGUCAUUUCCUAGACUGAGAGAACUAUGUAUAUGGGAUGCUCCGCAACUCAGCCAGGUAGAAAUAGAAGAAGAUGCACUGGGAUGUCUGGUUAAGCUAUGGUUUGCAGGGUGCCCAGAACUGAAGCGCCUCCCUCGUGGCAUUGAGUACCUUACCACGCUCGAUGAAUUAUAUUUGGAAGAUGCUGCUGAUGAGCUUAUAAAGAUCAUUAGGCAGGAAGGUGAAGCAAAUGAAUGCAAGGAAGAGCUAAUGAAGAUUAGCCACAUUAGAAUGGUUGAUUUUAAAUCAACUGAGAAAAACUUUUGGCGAAGAAUUGUAAAUAGAGAAGGGAAUGCAUUCGCUGGCUGA